UCACACACACACAUACGCGCACCCACCUUCGCUCUUCUCUCUCUCCAUCUACUUCUCUCCAAACACCUCGUCUCGUCAUUCUUACUCGGGAUAGUCGUAAAGUGUUACAGCACACACUGCAGCGGUCACUUGUCCAGACUUACUCGGCCAGUUCAAGUCUUACUCGCCUGCCUCUCAAGUCGUUUGCUCUCCUUCUCUAGCUCUUCAACUCAGCAACAAUCGGAAGGAAAGAUACAUCAGAUACAACUACCUCUCCCAAGUCUUGGUAUCUCACACCCCCUUGCCAUCCGCCUAUCCUCUAUCCAUCGUCGGCGCCAACACAAGCACAAGCCCACCCUCCAUUGCAAGAGAGACAUCACUCGAUCGCCCACUCACACUCAGUCUCUCACACCCACGUCAAUGUCCACACCCAUCAAUCAUCUAUCGCCUGCAUCUCGUCCAUUCUUGUCCACUACGCCUUCUUUACCAGACAGCCGGUUGCCAACCAGGGAACCCCCAUCUUUCGACAUUGCCUUGCAGAUCGCUGCAUAACGUGCCUCGUUCGGCCGGGUGUCAGCUCCAACUUCAUCUCCCCAACUCCAGAUCCAGCUCGAGGUUCUCGACGUCGUUCGACAACUAUAUCCAUACUUUAUUAAAGAUUCAAAGCUCCAUCUCGCAGCUUCAUUCCGCUACGGCCGCUACCUUACUCUGUCGGUGCCGCACUUUUACUCUUUUUGCUGCAGUUCUCUUGCUGGGCUGCCACGCGCAUUUGGACCAGGGCAAUCCUUUUGGAGAAGACGAACUUGUCGGCAGGCAUUGAGCCAGUUUGGCCUCUUCACUUUUUUUUUUUGGAGGUAAAACCACUUUUAGAUUACAUCUGGGUCUUCCUGGCGCGGUACGAGGGCCAGCUUGUUUCUCUUUGGGGCCAUCUAGCCGCACUUGGAUUGAAUCUGCCCUACCUUACUCCACGGAACGGAUACUUCCUCGACCACGGCGCUGUCUGCCGGGUUCAUUACUCUUUUGCUCUGCAUUACACUACAAUCAACCGACCGGUAGUAGUACUUGUUGGGCUCCUCUCACUCGCCAUUGUCUCUGCCACUGGCUUCGGGUCUUCUUUUUUAGUCUCAUCCGUCCCCUCCUCCCGGCACAGACUUCCUUGGGCUUGGUCUUCCUAGCUUCUAUCAUUGGUCUGUUCCCCUUCGGACUGGAAGGCAAGUGCUUGCUUGUCUCUUCUUCUUUUUUACUUUGGCAGCAGCUGCUUGUCUUCCCGCCUCACCUUAAGUUCCCGGGCCUCACUCUCGCUCGCACACACUCACACACUCACACACUUCUUCCCAUGUAUCAAUGUCACUCACUCACUCACUCACACCCACCUACCUAGUUACCCCCAUUUUAGUCCAGGUCUCUUUGGAUUAUCAUUGCUUUUUCUUUUUUCAUCUGCCCUCUUAUUACUUUUUUUUCUCCCCUCACUCCCUACUAACACCCUUCCUUUAAUUCUGAUCCUGCCGGCAUCGACCCAUAUCUGCAUCCCUCCCAUGUUAUAAGACCAACCCCGAGACUACCGUUCACGUCUUCCUCCACACCAACACCCCGAACCCGCCCCAUAACAUCUCUCACGUCGUCACAAGCUUACCCAGUUCUUCCCUGUCAGGCAAAAGCAGAAUCCCCUUCCCCUCUUCAAGGCUACAUAGACUCGCGUCUAGCCUCGCAGCACUAAGCUACGAGCAGUAAAAGUGGUCCUCGGUCUUGGUCCAUCCACAUCACGAGCCUCACCACAAGCCCCAUAUCCCCCAACCCAGCACACGGCCGCACAGCCUCUCUCAAGGCUCAAGACUCAAGCCUCGGGUCACCAACCUCAUCUCAAGACCAGAUCGGUCCGCCCGACGCUUGCUCUUGCUCUGACGAAUCGCAUCUUGCGUCAAGGCGACUCGGUGGUCGCUGAGACCCUGGUGCGGCUUCAUUGCCCAAGCAGAUCGCGCAGGGACCGGCUUGUAAUGUUGGACAUCGUGGUGCAUGCGCCAUCUGGGAUCUUCCUGGUAUCAAACCUGACACCAGUUUGACAACUCAGCGCGAUAUCCACCCCAUUCGCUGGCUUUUUGUUUACCAAAAUCUAAACUUCUCUGACGACUCACAAGACACCACCGACUCGUCGCCAGUCUUCGUCUAGUCUUCCCGAACCUUCAGGCGUCAGGGCAUGAAGUAGACCGGCGCUAGCUUCGCCGAGCUGGUCGCGACAAGCAAGUCUGAACAGUUAACUUCCUUGUUCUCCCCAUCCUUUACUCUAUCCGCCAUCUUCCCUCCCAAUUCAAUUCAUAAAAGCCACUUCUAUUACCCGCCGCCCGAGGAACCUGCCAGCCCAUCCCGUGCUGCCCUUUGCCCGGCUCGACAUCAGACAGACCCUACAUCGGCAUCACACAUCAGGCUCUCCGACCCCCAGGUCCAAGUCAACGCUUCCUUACCUUUGUCUCUUUUGACAUCUUGCAAUCCAUCGGCACCGACCUUGCCUCGCCAUUAUUAAGGCUCGCGACGUUACCAUCCGCCAGUGCCGCCUAAUCGAGUCCAGACGUCUCUCUAGUUUUACUUUGCGACACGUCGACAACUCGUCUUGCUUCGCGGAGCCAUAUACACCUAGACAAAACAGCUCCGCGCGUCGUCCGCUGUCAUCGGCAAAGAAAAUUCGUUACACGCCACCGCCUGGCUAUCUUCGACACGCUAGUCCCGGAGGAAGACAAGGCAAGAGGGAGAGAAACGCAGUAGCGUUCAACGGACCCCAACACGACAAUUGGACGGUCUUGUGACCGGUCCGACGGCCCAAACUGGCCUUACUGUAUACAUCGCCAGCUCCGUUGCCGCCGGCGCAUACGGUAGGCUUGCCCUCGGAGCCGACCGGCGACCAAACCCCUCGUGGGAUGGAUGAUCCCAAUCGCCGUCGGAGGCAGAAUGAAGCGCCCAUGCAUCCCACCUCCAACCCAAGAUAUAACGUACAACAGCAACAACAACAGCAACAACAGCAACAAGAUCCUUUGCAGCAGCGCCGCACCAUGGCUACAGGUUCGACCGAGCGAUAUAACCGGCCAGCGCCACUAAAUACUUCGCCCUCGCAGGCGCGAGGCAUGGGAAGCACGGGUAGCUACAGCACCUACAAUUACCAAGAGCCGGUAGCAGGCUCUUUCAACGCGCCCAUGGCGACGAACACUAUGCAUUACCCCUCAGGAUACAGCCAGGACGGCCGUCCGGCGCAGAAUUUCGGUGGAUACAACGCGGCCAUGACGAUGGGAUACGACAACCUGACUGGUGCGACGGGCUCCGUCUACGAUAACCAGGCACAGUUUCAACGGCAGCCUGCAGCUGCUCCGAUCUUGCCGACAGACGUGUCGACGUCGUACUUCUCCAAUGACCCGAGUAGUAGCACAGGAACCUCCAACCUUCCCCAUGCGCAACCGGCGAGCGCCACGGCGACGGCAUAUCAACAGCCACAGAUGGCCAACUACCAGGCGAACAUCCCUAACGUGGGCGGGAUGCCACAGCAGACUUCGAGUGCCGACGUUUCAAUGGAAGAGCAGGACUAUUCUGCCACAGGCGGCCUGGAAGAAAAAUGGAUGGAAUACCAGUCUGCGCUACGGGGUGUCUUCCAAAAUGUCCGCAAUGGUGUGCUCGAAAGCGCCAGCCAGUCACUUCUGGAUGUGUCAAACUGGCUCCUGACGCAGGUCGUCGAUCUGGGCCUCAACCUGGACGACCAAAAUUUGCAUGGAGACCGAAUCAAACUAUGGAACGACUUCAAUCACGCGUGGCUCUCACUAUUCCAGAUGCAGAAGGAUUUGAUGGAGCCGGGCAGACAGCUGCAGCGAUCGCAGACCUUGGUCCCCAAGGAAGGCCUGGAAAAAAUGGGCAAAGAGCUCGUCCGGCUUUGCGACGGCAUUGAGCGACAUGGUCUGGUCGACUACCAAUACGGAGUAUGGGAGCAGCAGAUCAUAGAGAUUAUCGAAGCUUGCCUCGACCAGUACGAGGCAAAUGAAGAAUCGAGCGGCAACGGCGGCGGCGGAGCUCAAACGGGGUCCGGCUCUCAUCAAGGAAGCAGAUAAAAGGAAGACUUGGGGUUUAGUCGGCUGCUUCGCCCUGAGAUCAAAUCCCAAGAAACGUACAUCUCAGGGCAAUGUCUAGAUGCCCGUAAACGUAUUCAUGGUGGCGCCCGGCGGUCGGCUUUUGUGGGCGGCCUCAUUUUAUUCUCUUUUCUUCCCCCUCGAUGUACAUUCUCGGCAUUUGGAAAUGUCUUGUUACGAGAGACGGAGACCCAACACGAUGUUACGCGGAUUUUGGAGUUCUUCAGGGAGGAUAACUGCUCUCAUCAUCCUUCUCACGCAUUCCAACAGGUGGUUGGGCAGGCAUCAGGUAUCUAUGUCAGCAUCCUCAAUGGGCUAACCAUUUGUGGUUUUCUUCUCUAUUUUUUCUUCUUCUUCUUUUCCUCUUUUUUCUGAACACAUCUCUUGAUUCUUCCUUUUUCUUCUUUUCUUUGCAGGAUAUCUCCGCUCUCCUGCCGACGCCCAUGUCCAUGUGCUUGUAGGCCAAGCUUCGGCUAGGCUGAACCUGCCUGGGUCAAAUGGCAGACGGGGGAACGGGAGCACAGUCAGCUAAGACGACAGAGAAAUUUAAAGACGGGGAGAGAGAUGUGGGUGGCGGAUUUUGGGCUUCUUCUUUUUUUUGUCCUAAGCCAAGGGGGUGGUGUGUGUCUGUGUAUAAGCGGUAAGGGGGGUGUGCGUGGUGUAAAGAAAAAAAACCUGAGGGGAUGGGAACUCUUACGGAAGGACGGUCAUAGAUGGGCGUACCAGGAAAGCAACUCGGGAGGAAUGACGAACGAUGAAAUGCGCGGCGCAGAUGGCCCACCAGACAACGCUCAAGAAGUGAGGCCGGAUACUCGCAAACGAAGGGAUGAG